UCUCUCCCCACAAACAGAUCAAACAGCUAUCACUCGCCGGAGAUCAAUCAUUAUUUUAUCACUUUUAUUUAUAUUUUUAAAUAAUCUCAAGGUGAAGGUGGGGAGCCUCCAUGUCUUAACAACACUCAUCACGUUCAUUAGAGAAGAACUUGAAACUCGCUAGAGAACUCGAUCAUUUACACAAGAGUCUUGAUGGAGAGUUCAACGAGUUCCGACCAAAACGAGCUAACUGCCUCUGGAACUCCGACAAGCUCCGUCUCUUCACCGUACCGGAGAACGUACUCCGAUAUCUCCGGAUUAUCUCACCGGUUCGACGUUCAGAGCUUUUAUAACCGGCCGUCGAACACAAACGUCUUGAGUGGCCAUGAAGAAGAUCUCUCUGAAGACGCCGUUGAACCAAAAGAUAGCGUUGACGGUGGUGACGGAGAAGAUCAUGAUCAAGACAGUGACAUUGACUCUGCUGAAGACGCAGAGCUAGAGAUGAUGAGGGAAAGGUUCGCGAAGCUGUUGCUUGGUGAAGAUAUGUCAGGAAGUGGGAAAGGAGUUUGUACUGCUGUUACUGUCUCCAACGCCAUAACUAAUCUAUACGCGACUGUGUUUGGACAAAGUUUGAGAUUACAACCAUUGAGUACAGAGAAGAAGGAUCUUUGGAAACGAGAGAUGAAUUGUUUUAUGUCUAUAUGUGAUUACAUUGUCGAAGUUAUUCCGAGAUCUCUUGGUAACAAUGUUGAGAUAACAGAAACAAAACUAAGAUCAGACAUUCUGAUGAACCUUCCUGCUUUGAGAAAGCUCGAUAAUAUGCUAAUGGAGAUAUUGGAUAGCUUUACUGAGAAUGAGUUCUGGUACGUAGAGAGAGGAAGCUCAUCGAUGCACUCGAACAAUGAUGGUAGAGAUUCAGGAUCGUUUCGGAAAGUUGUGGUUCAACGGAAAGACGAGAAAUGGUGGCUCCCGGUGCCAUGUGUUCCUGCUGAAGGUUUAUCUGAAGAUGAACGCAAGAAUUUGCGUCACAAACGUGACUGUGCUAAUCAGAUACAUAAGGCUGCAUUGGCCAUUAACGACUCAACUCUUAAUGACAUGGAUAUUCCUGACUCUUACCUCACCACUCUCCCCAAGAGUGGGAAGGCAAGUGUAGGAGACGUGAUAUACAAGCAACUAUGCACAGCUGAGAAGUUUUAUCCAGACCAGCUUCUAGACAUCUUGAAGAUUUCAUCAGAGCACGAGGCGCUUGAGCUUGCCGACAAAGUCGAGGCUUCACUGGUUACAUGGAGGCGUAAGACUGGAGGGUUGACCCACUCUAGGUCAUCAUGGGACAUGAUGAAAGAUAUGGGUGGCGAAGCUGGGAAUGACAAGAACCAUAUUCUAGCCGCUCGAGCUAGGAGCUUACUGUUUUGUCUGAAACAGAGAUACCCUGAACUCUCUCAGACCUCGCUUGACAUCUGCAAGAUUCAGUAUAACCGAGAUGUGGGCAAGGCUGUAUUGGAAAGCUAUUCAAGGGUCUUAGAAGGUUUGGCUUAUAAUGUUGUGUCGUGGAUUGAUGAUGUUCUUUACGUCGACAGAACAGUCAGGAACAGAGAUGAUUAGGGUUUCAAUACUGAUUUUUUCUUUUUUUGACCACUGGCAACAUAAUAUGUUUUCCAUUUUCUGGAUGUAAUGAGAAUACAAAACAAAAUGUUUUUCUUUUGUGUUUGGUUAUGAUUGUGCUCUGAAUCUUAAAAGUACCUGAUUUUUUUGUGGUUAUGAUUGUGUUCUCAGCUAAAGUUCACUCA